CAAAGAGUGCAAGCUGAGCGUUAAAUCCGGACUCUAGUCGGGAGAAAAACAGAGAAAAAUUAGUGAGGACUGUUUGCUAAAUGGACGGUUUCAGUAAUUAGGGGCUAUUAAUAAGAGCAAUUAAGGUGUCUUUUCCCUGCACACGCACGGAAAAGGGAAUGCCUAUUGUGUGCCACCCAAAACUGGGGGUCUGAAACAUGGAUGUUUUGUCCCUUGCAAAUCUGGUUUUGGGUUUUUCCUGAUUUCCCUCUCUAUUCGUAAAUUUGGGUUCUUUUUAUUAUUUAUUAUUUAUUAUUAUUAUUAUUUUUGGGGUUUUCUCCAUUUUUUUGUUUGAAAGUAACCUUGGUUUAGGGGCAAGAUGUCUGUUAAGAGCAGAAUAGAGUUCGGUUCCAGGAGUCUUUUGUCAAGGAAAGAAGUUCUCUUGCUUUGUUUUGCCAGCUUCUGUGCAGGAAUGUUCUUCACUUACAGUAUUGUGCCUGAAACCAAAAGUUUACCGAGGACAUCUAGAACAAAUGAAGAUGGAAGGUCUAACUUAAAAUCUGGCAAAUGUAAUCCCAAACUUAAUAAGGCCGAGAACAGUUCAGGAGAAAUUUCAUCAGCCCAGAAAGCUAUUCAGACACUUGGUAGAACCAUUUCAGAUAUAGAGAUGGAACUAAUGGCUGCCAGGGCUGAACGUGAGACUGUGAUCAAGGACUCCCUGGCAAUGGGAGACUCAAAUGCUGUUGAAUCUAACUCUAAAAGGAAAUACUUCAUGGUUGUAGGAAUUAAUACAGCUUUUGGUAGUCGGAAGCGAAGAGAUUCAGUUCGAGAAACAUGGAUGCCCCAAGGUGACAAGCAGAAACAGUUGGAGGAAGAGAAAGGCAUCAUCAUACGCUUUGUUAUAGGUCACAGUUCAACACCUGGUGGUAUUCUUGAUAGAGCUAUUGAUGCUGAAGAAAAGGUCUAUGGAGACUUCAUGAGGCUGCACCAACAUAUUGAGGGUUACUUGGAAUUGUCAGCCAAGACCAAAGCUUAUUUUGCAACUGCUGUUUCCUUAUGGGAUGCAGAUUUUUAUGUUAAAGUGGAUGAUGAUGUUCAUGUAAAUCCUGCAACACUUGCAAGGACUUUAGCUGGACAUCGGAAGAAAGCUCGGGUCUAUAUUGGUUGCAUGAAGUCUGGCCCUGUUCUUGCUCAAAAGGGAGUGAAAUACCAUGAACCAGAGCACUGGAAAUUUGGUGAGGUGGGAAACAAGUAUUUUCGUCAUGCAACUGGACAACUCUAUGCCAUAUCAAAAGAUUUGGCAACUUACAUAUCAAUAAACCAGAAUGUGCUACAUAAAUAUGCAAAUGAAGAUGUUUCAUUGGGAUCUUGGUUUAUUGGUUUGGAUGUGGAGCAUGUGGAUGAUAGGAGAUUGUGUUGUGGUACUCCACCAGAUUGUGAAUGGAAAGCUCAAGCAGGUUACAUUUGUGCUGCUUCAUUUGAUUGGAGGUGCAGUGGGAUCUGCAGGUCUGCAGAAAGGAUGAUGGAAGUGCACAAAACUUGUGGUGAGGACCAGAAUGCAUUAUGGAGCGGGAACUUCUUGGAAAAGACAAGCAGUUCUUCCUGAAUUCUAACCCAGGAAAGAUAUACCUGAGACAGCAGGGAUAGAGAUCAAUGUUUUCCUUCUUCCUUCUCCACACAUGCAAUCCAAAUGUGUAGAGAUAGGUUGUAUACCAGAAUAUGCAUCAUAGUAAGAAAAGAGAGGAUCCCUUAUCCACUUCAACUGAGACUAACUCCCCAUAGCAAUAGUAAGUAUAAGAGAAAUUGCCUCAACCCAUUCUUUGAAUGGUGGAGGGCUGCAUUACAAGUUCUCUGCCAUCACUAUGAGAUAUAUACUAUGUAGUAAUCUUUGUGGGCAGCUUUUUGCUCCCUCUUUUUUCAAUAAAACAAAUAAAGUUAC